AAAUAGUUCUUCGAGAAUAUUGGAAUCUGAAUAAUAUUCAUAUCAUGCAAUAUUUUGUGUUAAACCGUUGUUUAAGGGUUUAUAAAGAUUUUGUAUUGUUUUUCACAACUUUCCAAAGUUUUCAAGAGUUAAUACAACUAUUCUGUGAUUGUUAAAUAUACGUAGAAGUUUUCAAACACAAUGGAGCAUGUAGUUGUUAAAAAAGAGGUAGACGACGAAUUUAAUGGUGACAUUUUGAUGAAUUAUGAUAAACCAAGUACCUCUGCUGACCAAGAAAUGCCUUCAACCUCUGGGAUAGCAAUAAAAGAAGAAUUGGAGGAUGAUGAAAGAUACAUCAUAACUUUGCCACAAAGAUAUUUAAACAUACCUGCUCAUAAUUUUGGAUCUAAAAUCAAUGAUAGUGAUGAAGGUAGUGACAAUUCUGAUGAUGGAGACAAAAGUGAAGAUUUACCUUGCAAUGUUAAGGAAGAAGGAAUGCAUAGUGACUUUUCUGAAGAAUAUGACAAACAUUUCUCACUAUUCCUCAAUAAAGACAGUGAAGAAAAAGAUGAGGAUGAAGCCAUGCCCGAUACAAAAAUCGAGGUGGAAUAUCAUGGGAUUCAAUAUAAUGAAUCAGGGACAGACAGUGAAGUUGUAAAUAAAGAAACACUGGCAAAAAUAGUCAGUCCAAAUGCAGGAAAAGAAAUUGAAAAAAAUCCAGAACCCAGAAACGAUGAUAAUUUUGAUUGUAUAGACAAAGAAAAGAUGUUUAAGUGUGACAUUUGCUCCAAAAAAUAUCAAAGCCGAAUAAGUUUAUUUCAACAUAAAAAGUAUGUCCACCCAAAACAUGAACUGGAAAAAAUGAAAUGCAACGAAUGCGAGUAUGUUACUGUAAACAAAAGUAGUCUCAAAAAGCAUUUAAAAAUUCACGAUAAAAAAACCUACUUAAAAUGUCAUUUUUGUCAAUAUAUAGCAGCUCAAUUAUCCACUUUAAAUGCGCACAUCAUAAGCAAACAUAAGCUAGAAAAUAAGGGGGAAAAUGAAAUAAAAAUAACGAGUAAAAUACAUCAGUGCACCAAAUGUUCAUACUCGACUGUUUUUAAAUCACGUUAUGAUAACCACGUUAAGGUUUGUUUGAAUUUGAAAAAUGUAAAAUGGUUUAAAUGUCACAAGUGCCACUACAGAACCAUCAGAAAUUAUGAUUUAAUUAAGCAUGGAAAAACUCACAAUACAACCAAAGAAUUACAAUGUUUAUUUUGUAAACAUCAAUGUAACAGGAAAAUAAGCUUGGACCACCACAUUUUAAGUAAACAUUCGAGUUUGUUGAAUGAAUCAAAUAUAAAUUUAAUCACUUCCAAAGUUUAUUAUUGCCAACAUUGUAAAUAUAAAACCACACUUGCCAAUGAUUUAAAAAAACAUUCAAAUCAUAAUCAUUGAUUAUUUU